CACAGGUAUAAAAUGCGUGUGCAGGCUGCCUCAUUGACGAGUACUAUCAUCAUGAAUUUUAAAUUUGUAUUGGCUUCAUUUGGUCUCAUGUGCGUAGGUGUUGCCUCAGGUUCCUCCUCAACCACCUGCUAUAGUUGCUUUGGUGUAUACAACCAGUCUGCUGAAGACGUUAUCAAUUGCCGUUACUUUGUUAAUAUUACCGCAACUGACACUUGUUUAACAGCACCUGCAUAUUGCAUAUUUUAUUACGGAAGAGACGCAAAUUCCGUUGCCUAUUCGGGGAGAAUGUGUUCUCCCAAAGAUUGUGAUUCUCUUAAGGCAACGACGAGCGGAGGAAACUUACUGCACUGUUCGCAGUGCCAAAGCAACUAUUGCAACACCGACAAAUUUUGAUCGAUUGAGCAUUAGACCAAGUCUGUAUAAGGAUUGUGAAUGGUUUUGCAUACUAC